AUGUUUAUUGCAGACGAGAAUACGAGAAAAAGACGCGCCAGUCGCCCUAAGGUGCGCACAGGCUGCGUGAACUGCAAGAAAUUCCACAAAAAAUGCGAUGAGACCCGACCUCAGUGCCGGGUGUGUGCCAUCUACAAACGAGAAUGCGAGUAUCGUGAAACAAUUGACAAACGUACUCGAGCCUCACGCCUGGCUCGUAACGUGGCGCCUGUGCCUGAAGGCACCGUUACGUUGAUCACUCGAGGCCCCAAGUAUCAAGUGGAGCUGGAUGCCGAGGAGCGGUAUUUCUUGGACUUUUUUCGACGGAGUACCUCAUUCCAAUGCGCAGGCCACUUCUAUGAUGAAUUUUGGCAACGACUGGUUCACCAAGCCAGUGAAGAUCAGCCGGCUAUUCGACACGCCGUCAUUGGCAUGGGCUCCAUGAAUUAUCAUUUCGUCCGGUCAAGGACGGGCCCUGGCCCCUACGAUCAAGCUUUCUCUCUUCGGCAAAUCAACAAGGCGAUUCACUCUCUACAGCAAAAUCUAAUCAAACCCGGGAUGGGCCGUUUACGAGUCGAAACUGUCUUGGUUGCCUGUGUCGUGCUGGUCUCGACCCUGCUGUUCCAAGAAGAUGCCCUGUCGGCCGGCAAACAUCUUCGCUCUGGCUACAAACUCUUGCAGCAGUACUUAAUGGACUAUGGCAACACGAGUGGGGUCUCUGCCACGCUCACGAGGGCUUUUGGCGGUGUCCACAUGGUCUGGUCCUCUUUCAAUAGCAACGGAGCUCUCACUGGCGAUCAGGAACCUAUUCCUCUCCUGAUCGCUUCACCGGACCAUGCUGCCGAUGAGAUCCAACAGGCCAACGACCUCAUCAUCACGCUAGUACGCGUACUUGCGUAUCAAAACCACUAUCACACGUCUGGCGUUGAGUCGGGCAGUUCUCCAACAGAUAUGGAUGGCCCAAGCCUUGCCACAGAUCCGGCCGAGUUCGUGGGCAAGCUUCUAGGACUGCAAAGUCAACUCACAACAUACCGCGAGCUUCAUCAACACCAUCUAUCACAUCGAGACUUGAGCGCACUGAACAUUCUGGAGUUGUGGGCCGAACUCCUUCCCAUUCUAGGGGCCGUCGAAUCUGGCCCUGGCCCAAGAGAGAUGCAAUAUGAUAAAUACCUGGGAAACUUCAAACACAUUCUUGAUUUGGCCGAAUCCGUUCUGAUGGCUGACGAUAUCGACACGCCUUCAUUCUCUGUCAACCUGGGGGUUAUCCCGCCACUAUGUCUUGUGGCUUUCAAAUGCCGUGACCCGGCCGUUCGAGAACGGUUACUUUGUCUGUUCCGCCGCUCCCGCCGGCAGGAAGGCAUCUGGUCAACGAGCAUGAUAGCUCUGGUAUUGCAGCGAGUUUACGACAUUGAGCAUGCAGGCAUCUGGCCGGGCGAGCUCAUCCCCGAUGCAGCUCGUAUCAGAGCAAUGCAUGUGGAAAUCAAGCCUGCUGAAUCUCGACUACUGGUCCAGUAUCACAUGGCUUAUGUCUGUAAUGAUGAUUGCAGACACCUCACAAAUUGGAACAGCGAAUGGUUGAGAUAUAGAUUCUGUUGA